CUAUCAAAACCGGAAAUGGAUUUUAUUUGCAUUUUUUUUAUUUGGCUCAAACUACAAGUCUGCAUACAAUUUUGGCAGCUGUCCAUACAAAAAUGGUACGUAAAUAUUCAAACAGCUGUAGCUUUUGAGGGAAUUUGCUGAUCAAUUUGGUGUCUUCGGCAAAGUUGUAGUUAUUGUUGAGAACUAAAAAAAAAGGUACACGAAAAAAAAUUAAACUAAUAUUUUAAAGUAAGGAAAGCACAAUAUUUUUGGAGCUUAGAAGAAAAUACAUUUAUAGAACCACUGCCCUAAAAUGUGAUAAAAAUAUUCAAAUAUAUCAGAGCAUAGACGUCAAUUACAACUUUGAUACGGUUUGGAUUUUCCAAACUAUUAUCAAUUACUCCAAUGAGUAACUGCUGGAUCGCCUUAGCAUUCGUCUAACGUGCACCGCAAACAAAUUCUAACUAGAACCUCCAUGAUUCAUGCAAAUUAAGUAAGAACUCAAGCUUCGCUUCGCAGCGUCUACAACAGUUCAAUUUGGACGACUGAACAAAACAGUCGCAAUCACUAAACCGGUCUGAUAAUAGGCGGAAAAAAAGUAAGUGAUGCUGUUCAAACUGCUCGCAACCACCGUCGCCCUGAUGGCGUCCAUUCCUCACGGAUUGACGCAAAGCUUGAACGAACCGUGCACCAACCCCUACGGCCAACCCGGCCGCUGCGUAUUCCUUCGGGAGUGCCAACCGCUGCUGGACAUCUACCGGCGAGACAACGUUUCGUACGACGAGAGUGAGUUCUUCUACGGCAGUCGCUGCUCCGGGCAGUUCGAGGGGAAACCGCUGCUGUGCUGCUUCCCGGCACCGGCAAACUCCUCCGCCAGCCUGCCGCGAGCCCCGUCCGACUGUGGGCUGGCCCCGCCGGAACGGAUCGUCGGCGGCCACGAAACCACCCUCGGUGAGUUCCCCUGGAUGGCGCUGCUAAUGUACCGCGACCCGAGCCGCGAGCUUCAGCUGAGUUGUGCCGCCACGCUGAUCAACUCGCGGUACCUCGUCACGGCCGCCCACUGCAUCAAGCAGGUCCCGGCCGAAUUGACGCUUGGAGUUCGUCUUGGAGAGCAUGACAUCGCCAACAAAGAGGAACGAGACUGCGACCAGCAAGGCUGUGCGGAUGUUCCGGUGGAGGUCGGCAUUGAGAAGGUGAUCGUGCACGAGCAGUACAACGUGACGGAGCGCGGUCAGUACAACGAUAUCGCGCUGAUCCGGCUGGUUCGGGACGUGGGCUUCUCGGACUACAUCGAUCCGGUUUGUUUGCCCGUUGAGGACAGCGUGCGGAAGAUGGACCAUACGGGGCUGAAGGCCGUCGCGGCCGGAUGGGGCUACACGGAAACAGAUCAACGAAGCAACGUCAAGCUGAAAGUAACUCUGGACGUGGUCGAUCACAAGAGGUGCGUCGACGUGUACAGAUCGUCGCGAGUAGUGCUGCGCGACACCCAGCUGUGUGCCGGCGGACAGGAGGGCAAGGACACAUGCCGGGGUGAUUCCGGCGGCCCGCUGAUGCGUUCCGUGGACGGGAAUUACUACCUGAUUGGGGUCAUCAGCUGGGGAGCGGCCCAGUGCGGAACCAAGGGCAUCCCGGCGCUCUACACGAACGUGGCCAUGUUUGUCGACUGGAUCGAGAACCACUUGGAGUAAACUGAUUGAAAGUCAAAAACGCUUACUGUAAAAUGUCAUAUUAUUUUUUCGUAUAAAAACUUAUAAAUUUAAACGAGGCAAGUACUGGAGGAUCACAUUUUAGUCUCAUAUUAAAUCACUUGGCAGCAGCUGCGACUCGCCCUCCGCCAGGAAGAUCUGCAUCGCCUU